UCCAUGUAGGCCUUUGAGAACCCGUGAAGAUUUUAACACUUCAUGCUGUCCUUCAACUCCCUGACGGCAAAAGAUCGCUCAUUGCGAACUGUAGGAUUUAGGAAUGAGUUUAAGCAUGGGUUUGGAUUCAUCAAAACCAAACCAAACUGAUACUCACAAAACAGAACAGGCUCUUUGUACAACAACUUACCGGUCAUUUCAUUCGGAAGGCGAAGCAAUUCCUCCUCCCUUCUCUAUCUUGAAGGAACUAAAGCAUUCAGGCCCAUUAGGGACUGAUCAAAUGAUGAAGGUAACAGCCUGUGCCUUUUCUCCGAACGACGAUACAAGUUUGGUGUCACUAACAACAUUUGCUGGCCUUGAUUUGAGACAUUUUCGAGCAGGAUUCGUGCAAUCUUGGGACCUUGAUAGCCUAGAGGAAACCCAUGAUAACAGCCUGUUCACGUAUUCGCCACGUCCCGUUUGCAACUUUUCCCCAGAUGGGGAGAUUGUGUCAUUUAUUCUAAAUACGGGGCAUGGGCAAAUUAUUCUGGCGGAGCACACAGAGGACCGUACUCUUGAACCGUUCACGAUUGACUGUGAUACCGGUGGAUAUGGCGAUAGAAGUCUUCUGUCCAGAGCUUUAUGCUGUGUAUUUUCUCCGAACGGCCUUAAAGCCGUUACAGUGAGCAAUGUCACGCUGGAAUCUCACAGAGGUUCUGAAACAAAUGAAAUUUGCCUUUGGCAAGUGAUAUCCAAGAAAAAGCUUAAAAGUACAUGGAGAGUAAGUUGCGAAGUUGUUUUUCCAGGCUUUACCGGUCACUUGGUUAGUUGUGUAUUUUCACCAGACAGCUCCCUUGUGGCAUUUUCUAGUUCCUUGAGUCAACUGUAUGUCCUAAAGAGUGAGAAUUUAGAGCUGUUGUCUGCCAUUAGGACCGAUGUUGCACGGAAUGCCUGCAGUUGUUUGUUUGUUCCCUGUUUUCCUUUUCAAAAGCUUGCAGCCUGCUAUGAGGACGGUGUUUUUCAGAUCUGGUAUAUUCAAGAUGGCAACACUAAAUGUGUAACAGAAACAAAGAUUGUGACAGGUUCAACUAAAUUGACGGCCUUCACAUACAGCCCUGAUGGGUCCUUACUAGCCUUCGGUACCUCACAAGGAAAGGUUAUUGUAACUGAAACGGAAAUGUUACAGACUCUUUAUGAGAUAAGUUCAGUACCUGAUACCAGGCUAGACUCUGUUUCUAAUGAGCCAAGCACAACUAUUGUGUGUUCAGUUGCUUUUGCAAGGAGCUGCAAUCAACUUGCCAUUGGACAGAGUGAUGGCUUAGUUCGGAUCUGGCAGUUACCUCUAAAAUUUGAACUGCAGCAUUUAUGUCGUUUAGUGAUUAAUGGGUUGGUGCCACCAAGCCAAGUGACACAUCUGCCUUUACCAAGAAACUUAAAGGCUUAUCUAUUAUUUUCACCUCUUACUAGUACGAGUUAAUGAAUGUACUUAAAGGAGAUCUCCACUGCUGGAGUAAAUGGUAGCUGAAAUAGUUGAAAAUUUCUUUAAACUACAAUUUGCCAAUAGAAAAGUAGAAGUAAGCAUUGAUAAAAGUGUACACUGAAAUAAAUGUUAGCUUGUUUGCAUUUGGAAUUUUUGAAAUGUCUUCAUUUUGGUUCAUUUCUUAUUUCCUGCUAUGCUGGUAUUUGUCACCAGUGUUUUGAAACUUUUGCCUGUUUCUGAUGCAUAUCUAAUUCAACUUAUCUUUCACUUAGGCAACAUUUCAAUACUUUUAUUGGCAACUUCUUUCAAUUGUGAAGAUUUUUCUCAAAUUGAGAUCUUGUUUCAGUUCAGAUAUUUUGAUUUUCUCAAAUUGAGGUCUUGUUUCAGAUCAGAUAUUUGAUGUUCUUCAAAUGUGAAGGUAUAUUUACAACA